AGUAGCAUUGUGUUUCCGUUUCUUGUUAAUAUUUUUAUAAUCCAGAAAACUUCUCCGCCGGACCGGCGCGAGAAAGGUGCUGGUGACUGGUGAGUCGUAAACGAAGUCAGCUGAAGAAAAAAACAAAGCUUCAUCGGAGAAUUGUAACGUGAAGGUUGCCGUACAUAUACGUCCGUUGAUCGGUGAUGAGAAGCUUCAACGCUGUAGGGAAUGCGUUGCCGUUACUCCCGGAAAACCUCAGCUGCAUAUUGGUACACGUUCGUUCACAUUUGAUUAUAUAUAUGGAGAAAAAGGGUCUCCGCCAGCUUCAAUGUUUAAAGAUUGUAUUGCACCACUAGUAGAUGGGUUGUUCCAAGGAUACAAUGGUACUGUUCUUGCGUAUGGUCAGACAGGAUCAGGCAAGACUUAUACAAUGGGAACUGGAUUGAGAGAACAAGGACAGACAGGUUUAAUUCCUCAAGUUAUGACUGCUUUAUUUGACAAAAUUGACAAGCUGAAGCAUCAAGCUGAAUAUCAGCUGCAUGUUUCCUUCAUUGAGAUUUUAAAAGAAGAAGUGAAGGACUUGCUGGAUUCUACAUCUCUUGGCAAAUAUGACACAAGUCACGCCAUUAGUAGGCAUGUUACCAAAGUUACUGUCCCAGGAAAGGCUCCAAUACAAAUACGCGAAGCAUCAAAUGGUGUCAUAACGCUGGCAGGAUCAACUGAAAUCAGUGUUAGUACUUUGAAUGAUAUGGCUGCCUGCCUGGAGCAAGGGCUUCUGAAUCGGGCCACGGGGAGUACAAAUAUGAAUACUGAAUCUAGCCGGUCACAUGCCAUCUUCACAAUCACAUUAGAGCAAAUGUGUAAGCUUCCACCCGUUAACUGUGAUGAAAUUAAUCUAAGAGGGGAUAUGGAUGGAGAUUAUCUAUGUGCUAAACUACAUUUGGUUGAUCUUGCUGGAUCUGAAAGAGCUAAGCGGACAGGUUCUGAUGGGCUGCGUAUGCUAGAAGGCAUUCAUAUCAAUAAAGGGCUAUUAGCACUGGGAAACGUCAUCAGUGCACUAGGAGAUGAGAAAAAACGUAAAGAUGGUGUGCAUGUACCUUAUCGAGAUAGUAAAUUAACUCGAUUGUUGCAGGACUCACUCGGAGGAAACAGCAAAACUGUAAUGAUAGCUUGCAUCAGUCCUGCUGAUAUCAAUGCCGAGGAAACUAGUAACACGCUCAAGUAUGCUAAUCGUGCUCGCAAUAUUCAAAAUAAACCUAUUGUAAACAGAGAAAUGUUUUCUGGUGAAAUGCACACGUUACGCAAGCAGAUCGAGUACUUGCAGGAAGAACUUACUAUCAGUAGGAAAAGAGAUUCAUCUGACGAAGUGCAGGCUCUUAAAGAACAUAUUUCUUGGCUUGAGACAACUAAUAGAGACCUUUCUCAGAAGCUACAUGAGUACCAUAGUAGAGAAGGUGAUCCAGAGCAGUUUGAACAAGAAUCUCCUGAAGGCUGCAGUUACAUCGUGAAAAAAGAAGGCCUUAAAAGGGGCUUGCAGAGUAUGAACUCCAGUUAUCCAAUGGAUGAAAGUAGAGAGGGUACAAAUCACAGGAGAACAGAGGAUUUCGCAGUGAAAGAGUGGGAGCAUACACUUAUCCAGAACACUAUGGGCACAGAGCUUAAUGAAUUGAAUAAACGUUUAGAGCAGAAAGAGUCUGAGAUGAAGAUUUUCGGAUGGUAUGAUACUGAAGCCCUUAAGAAGCACUAUGGAAAGAAAAUUAGGGAACUUGAGGAAGAGAAAAGAAUAAUGCAGGAGGAGAGGGACUCUUUGCUAGCUGAAAUAGAACGUCUUGCUGCCUGUGAUGUGCCAUCUGCAGUGCAGAAUAAUCAGAAGCAAAAAGUGGAAGCACUUGAGGUGCAGAUUUCAGACCUUCAAAAGAAACAGGACAGUCAGCUUCUUCUUUUAAAGCAAAAACAAAGAAACGAAGAAGCAACCAAACGUCGUCAGACUGAGAUACAUUCUAUAAAGGUCCAGAAGGUUCAGCUGCAGCAUAAAAUAAAGCAAGAGGCAGAACGAUUUAGGCAAUUAAAGGCCUUUCAUGAGAAAGAACUUUCGCAGCUAAGGAAGGAAGGCAGGAGAAAUGAAUUUGAAAGGCAUAAACUGCAAGCUCUGAAUCAGCGACAGAAGUUGGUUGUACAGAGGAAGACAGAAGAAGCUGCUGUUGCCACCAAGAAGCUAAAGCAAUUGUUAGAAAGCCGCAAGGCUGCAGCACGUGACAACCUGGUUUAUCCCUACGGACAUACAACGACAAGGCAGGGCAAUGAUAGAGCUCUGCAAGUGUGGCUUGAUCAUGAGCUAGAAGUAAUGGUGAAUAUGCACGUUGUUCGUUUUGAAUAUGGAAAGCAGCAAAAGUUACGAGCUUCACUAGCGGAGGAGUUAUCUUUAUUGAAACAAACGGAUCAACCAUCUUUCAGGGGAAUUUCUUCUGGAGGAGAAGAAUGUUCUAGUCUUCCCUUGAUGUCACCACAUACAAGAUUGGAUAGAAUCUCCUCUCUUGAAAAAAUGCUGACAACCUCUUCAGACGCCCUUUCUUCAAUGGCUUCACAACUUUCGGAGGCAGAACGGCGUGGACGUGGUUCCAAUAGUUGUCGACGGUGGAGCCUCUUGCGAUCAAUGGGAGAUGCAAAGAAAUUGCUUCAACAUAUGUUUAGUGUUGCUACAGAUUCCAGGAGUAGAUUGUGGGAAAUGGAACUGGAAAUGAAGGAGAUGAAAAUCAAAUUGACCGAGCUUGUAACUGAACUGCAGCAAAUUGAGGCACAAAGAAAAGAAACACUUAAAGAGCAAAAACUAAAAGACCAAGCUGUUGCUAUUGCAUUGGCAAUAUCAUCAUUGGCGAGUGGUAAAUGCAAGGAAAAUGAUACUCCUUCACCAAGGUUCCUGCCAGCAGAAAAGCUGUCCAUGUUUAAAGCUGGAACUGCAAAUAUGGCAAUCAGAGAUUUGGCAGCAUUAACAGACUCCAAGAAGAUGAGACCCCUAAAGAGCUUGUCAUUGGAGAGAAUGAGAUAUAUUAGACAAGGUGGGAAACUUUGGAGGUGGAAGAGAAGUCAUCAGCAGUGGCUGCUGCAGUUUAAAUGGAGGUGGCAGAAACCGUGGAAGCUCUUGCAGUGGUUGAAGGAAAGUGAAGAGAUUUUAUUGAGUUCAGGACAUAGUGUUGUCGUCCGAUGAGUUCUUGCUGUAUAAAUCAAUUUAAGAUUAAAAAUUGAUUUAGGAGGAAAAGACAAUACCAGUAGAUUAAAUAUUUAAAUUAUUUUUAGUGCAAAUGUCAAAUGAUUGUCGGAGA